GCGGCCGGCUCCAACAUGGCCGAGACGAGCGAGGAGGUGGCGGUGCUGGUGCAGAGAGUGGUGAAGGACAUCACGAACGCCUUCCGGAGGAACCCGCACAUAGAUGAGAUUGGCCUGAUCCCAUGUCCUGAAGCAAGGUAUAACCGGAGUCCCAUAGUCCUGGUGGAAAACAAACUUGGUGUGGAGAGCUGGUGUGUCAAGUUCCUUUUACCGUAUGUUCACAACAAGCUACUUUUGUACAGAACAAGAAAGCAAAGGCUGAACAAAGAUGAAUUGAUAGAUGUCACGUGCACCCUGCUUCUUCUAAACCCAGACUUUACCACUGCAUGGAAUGUGAGGAAAGAGCUGAUCCUCUCUGGCACUUUAAGUCCAAUUAAGGACUUACAUCUGGGAAAACUGGCCUUAACUAAGUUUCCAAAGAGUCCUGAGACAUGGAUUCACAGGCGAUGGGUGCUACAACAGCUAAUUCAGGAAACUUCCUUGCCUUCCUUUGUUACCAAAGGAAAUUUAGGGACAAUUCCUGCAGAGAGGACACAGCGACUCCUACGAGAAGAGAUGGAAGUCUGUGGUGAAGCAGCAGGGAGAUACCCAAGCAACUACAAUGCCUGGUCCCAUCGUAUCUGGGUUUUACAACACCUGGCCAAACUAGAUACUAAGAUUCUUCUUGAUGAACUGUCUGCUACUAAACUCUGGGCAUCCAUGCAUGUUUCAGACCACAGUGGAUUUCACUACCGCCAGUUUUUGUUAAAGUCUUUGAUUAGUCAAACUGUAAUGGACAGUUUUGUUUCUGAACAAAACUCUUUGGGUAGUGAGCCAAAAUAUGAGGAAGAAGCAGCUUCAACAGAGGAGUCACGGAUAAAUCUUCCUCAUCUUCUUGAAGAAGAAGUAGAAUUCUGCACAGAUCUUAUUGAUUCCUACCCAGGACACGAAACCCUUUGGUGUCAUAGGCGGCAUGUUUUCUACCUUCAGCAUCACUUAAGUGGUAGGCACGCUUCACCUAUUACCUGCACGCCUCACCUGUCACCUGCAGACAGCCCCGGAGGAACAUUGAAUGACUUGCACCUCAUUUCAGCAAGUCCCCAAGUGUCUCAGGCAAUGGAAGUGGAUGGACUGAAUGACUUUAGCAAGCAAGGCUAUUCCCAAGAAACCAAGCGCCUGAAGCGGACCCCAGCUCCAUGCUCCCUAGGCCUAGAGAUGGAGCACAGGUUCAUUGAUCAAGUAUUAUCCACUUGCCGGAACAUAGAGCAAGCCAGGUAUGCCAAUGCAUACAAGAAAUGGCUGGUCACUUUGAGUCAGUGACAGAGGGGCUUUGUUUCCAAAUUUCCCUUUUUGUGCAAUACUGCUUUCCUUUUUUAAUGACAUAGUUGCAUGAACUCUCUGCGAUUAUUGGCAUCAUCUACAGGUGAAAAGUCCGUAAGAAAUCUUGUAUUUAUUUUAUUAAGAACUGGCAUUCCUUUGGGGAUAAAAUAAUUAUAUACUUCUUUCCUGCUAAUCAUUGAGUUUUAAUUUUUUCUUUUCAAAUCCUCACCUUUUUAUAUUUCUUUAUGUGCUUAUUCUCAUUUGGUUCUCUAAAAGUCAUUAACAUGCACCUCUAUCCCCACCACAGUUCAGUUGCUGCAUACGCAAAUUUCUUUUAUAAGUUAAGAAUUCAUGUUGAAAUUCAACUUAAACAGAUUAAUACAGAUGCAUAUGGAAUUGAAUCAAAUGGCUAUAUGGAUGGAUAUGAGAAAACUAAAAGCUACUUCUUUCUUUAGCAUGUUCUGUUACAGAUUAAGGUGACCAAAAUCAAAGUAUUGGAGUUUAUAUGGAAAAAUGCUUCCAGCUAUUUUUAAAUGAUUAUUUUUUAAAAAUUAAACUAAUUUAAGAGUUUAUGUAAUUACAGUACUGGAAAGAUUAUUUUUAUUACUAGUUUUGAUAGAUUGUUUUUACUUCAUUUUUGGUAUAUGCCAAAAUAGUCAAGUCAGCCCUUAUAAAAUCUUUUUUAAA